AUGAUCAGAGGUAAAACGGCGUGGGUAGUCUUUGACAGACAAACAACAAUCUCUUCAUGCAAAAUUGCAGUCGAUUUAAUUAUGAAAACAAUUGAAAAUGCACAGAUAGUAACUGUUAUUAUUUCACAUUCCUAUUAUAACAGAUAUGCUGCUUUUUAUAUAAAAAUUUAUGCAAAUGAAGCUACAUCAAGAAGAGCACAGUAUAUGUACAGAGCACAAUUAAAAGAUUCGUUUACAAAAGAGACAGAUAAUUCAACUAAAAAAAGUUGA